CUAAAACAAGCAGUCAAUCAUUCUAUCUCUUUCUCCGCCCCCUUUCUUCACAUUCUUCAACACCCCUAUCCACCCUCUCUCUCUCUCUCUCUCUCUCUCUCGCAAUGAACUCAUCAAUUCUACUAACACACACCUCCCCUCACCUCGUCUUCUCUCCAUUUCUAAACCCUAGAAUCCCCCUCCGCUUCAAACCCCCACUUUCUCUCUCUACUAAACCCUCCUCACUUUCUCUCUCUACAACUCCCCGCUCCUACAAGCUCAAACUCAAGUUAAUCUCCACCGUCCGAUGCUCCGCGUCGUCAUCAUCAUCAUCAACACCUCAAUCUCCACCUCCACCACUUCCCGCCAAUGUAUUCGGCGAGAAAAGGGAGCUCACGGGACUCCAAUCGGUUGUCGACUCGAUGUCGGCUUCGGUCAGGUUGAUUGCGUCGGUUAUUGUGUUUGGUGCUGCGGUGGCGGCUGGCUAUGGAUUAGGCUUACGGGUUGGAGGAACACGGAAUGCUAGUAUUGCUGGUGCUGUUGCGGUUGGAGCGGUGGGGGCGGGGGUUGUGUAUGCGUUGAAUUCAUCAGUUCCGGAAGUUGCUGCGGUGAAUUUGCAUAAUUAUGCUGCGGAUUGUCGUGAUCCACUGGCAUUGCGGAAGGAAGAUGUUCAAGCUAUUGCUGAUAAAUAUGGUAUUAGCAAACAGGAUGAGGCAUUUACUGCAGAGUUAUCCGACAUAUAUUGCCGGUAUGUUUCUUCUGUGAUUCCUCCCGGGGGUGAAGAACUUAAAGGGAAUGAGGCUGAAACUAUUAUUAAAUUCAAAAAUGCUUUAGGCAUUGAUGACCCAGAUGCUGCAUCCAUGCAUAUGGAGAUUGGUAGGCGAAUUUUCAGACAAAGGCUAGAAACUGGUGACCGUGAUGGUGAUUUGGAACAGCGUAGGGCAUUUCAAAAGCUGAUAUAUGUCUCAACUCUGGUAUUUGGUGAAGCAUCAAGCUUUCUUCUACCAUGGAAGCGCGUCUUUAAGGUUACCGACGCUCAGGUGGAGGUUGCCGUUCGUGAUAAUGCACAGCGGUUAUAUGCUUCUAGUCUGAGAUCAGUUGGGAGAGAUGUUGAUGUGGAAACGCUUAUUAGCCUGAGAGAGAAGCAGAAGCUCUAUAAACUUUCCGAUGAGCUUGCUGAAGAACUAUUUCGAGAUCAUGCACGAAAGCUUGUUGAGGAAAACAUAUCAGCAGCACUAAGUACACUCAAGUCCAGGACAAGAGCAGUGCAAACCAGACAACCCAUUGAGGAGCUUGAUAAGAUAUUGGGGUUUAAUUCUCUGUUGAUCACACUGAAGAAUCACCCUGAUGCUAGCAGUUUUGCACGAGGUCUUGGACCAGUUUCUCUUCUAGGUGGUGAAUAUGACGGUGACAGAAAGAUGGAUGACUUGAAGCUUUUGUACAGAACAUAUGUAACAGAUUCCUUGUCAAGUGGCCGAAUGGAAGAAGACAAGCUGGCUGCAUUGAGCCAACUGAGGAACAUAUUUGGCUUAGGUAAAAGAGAGGCAGAAUCCAUCACGUUGGACGUUACCUCCAAAGUAUAUCGUAAACGACUUGCUCAGUCUGUAAGUGCCGGUCAUUUAGAAGCUGCUGAAAGUAAAGCAGCCUUCCUUCAGAACCUCUGCGAAGAAUUGUACUUCGAUGCUCAGAAGGCUGUUGAAAUCCAUGAAGAAAUAUAUCGACAUAAAUUAAAGCAGUCUGUAUCUAAUGGAGAGCUCUCUGACGAGGAUGUCAAGUCAUUGGAGCGGACUCAGAUUAUGCUCUGUAUUCCCAAACAAACUGUGGAAACCGCACAUGCUGAUAUAUGCGGCAGUUUAUUUGAAAAGGUUGUGAAGGAUGCAAUUGCUUCAGGAGUGGAUGGAUAUGAUGCUGAUGUCAAGCAAGCUGUGAGGAAGGCUGCUUAUGGUUUACGUUUAACGAGGGAUGUUGCUAUGUCUAUUGCCAGUAAGGCGGUCCGUAAAAUUUUCAUUAGCUACAUACAAAGAUCACGAGCCUCUGGGAGUCGUAUUGAGGCUGCCAAAGAACUUAAGAAAAUGAUAGCUUUCAAUAACUUGGUUGUUACUUCGUUAGUAGCAGAUAUUAAAGGAGAGUCAACUGAUUUAGAUACUACGAAACCAGAAGAUACUGUAACGGAGGAAGGAAGAACUGAAGAAGAAGAAGAAGAAUGGGAGUCCAUACAGUCGCUGAGAAAAGUAAGACCAAACAAGGAAAAUCUAGGGAAACGAAGCCAAACUGAUAUUACUCUUGAACAGGACCUCCCAGAAAGAGACAGAACUGACCUUUACAAGACAUACUUACUGUAUUGUCUCACUGGAGAGGUGACCAGAAUUCCAUUCGGUGCACAAAUCACCACAAAGAAAGACGAUUCAGAAUAUGUUUUCCUAAACCAGCUGGGAGGGAUCCUAGGUUUGACCGACAAAGAGAUCGUGGAAGUACAUAGAAGCUUAGCUGAGCAGGCUUUCAGGCAAGAAGCUGAGGUGAUCUUAGCCGAUGGGCAACUGACGAAAAACAAGAUUGAGCAGCUCAAUGAGUUGCAGACCAAAGUGGGUUUGCCUUCUGAGUAUUCCCAAAAGAUAAUAAAGAGCAUAACAACUACUAAAAUGUCAGCUGCACUGGAGACUGCUGUCAGUCGUGGAAGGCUCAGUAUAAAGGAGAUAAGAGAACUAAAGGAAGCUGGAGUUGAAUUAGAUACAAUGGUAUCUGUGAGUUUGAGAGAGAACCUUUUCAAGAAAACUGUAGAUGACAUUUUUUCAUCCGGAACCGGGGAGUUCGAUGAAGAAGAAGUCUUCAACAAAAUACCACAGGAUCUCAGCAUCAACCCUGAUAAGGCAAGAAGUGUUGUUCAUGAGCUUGCAAGAAGUAGGUUGUCAAACUCACUAAUUCAGGCUGUUUCACUAUUGAGGCAGAGAAACCAUUCUGGGGUGGUUUCCUCUCUCAAUGAUAUGUUAGCCUGUGACAAGGCUGUACCAUCUAAACCGUUGUCAUGGGAGGUGCCAGAGGAGCUUGCUGAUCUCUUCCUCGUGUACCUAAAAAGCGAUGCAUUGUCUGAAAAGUUAUCGCGGCUGCAAUAUCUGCUAGACAUAAGUGAUUCAACAGCAGAAUCUUUGCGAGUAAUGAGGGAUAGAGCACUUCCAGAUGGAGUAGCAGGGGAAGAAGAAUUUGUAUUCUAAGCUGUGUUAGAUAGAUAUAUUAGUUUUUAGAACAUCAAAUGUAUUCCAAAUAAGAGUUAUUUAAAAUCUUGCAUAUUUGCCUUUUCCCUGUAAGGAGGGCAAAACUAUUGAAAAUUUUGAUAUAGAGAUGAUUCGAGGGAAUCAAUCCAUUUAUUUAAUUUUAGAAA